AUGAGUCAAAGCGAUAUACAUAUGGUGCCCAUGGAGCCAAUCACCGAAAUUUAUCCUGCCAGGGACAUACUCAUGUCGAUUCGUGAUGGUAAAAGCAUUCACAGGCUUCAAAUCAACAGCCGGUACCUACCCACGGCCUCCCGGCCGUUCCCCGCUCUCAUGGGACAGCCUCUCAUAUAUCGACGAACCGAAGGACCAGCCACGGUUAUCGCUCACGUAAACAUGUCAUCAACGGCGACGACGACCAUGCUAACGACUUGUAUUUCACCAUGUUGUGCCUUCACCAUCAAGACGAGCUUCAACAGGCACCCACUCCGGUCGAGCGACUCUACAACUUAG